UGAAUAUUUUAUAGUGUCAUGUUUAUAUUUUAAUAGAAACGCAUUAAAUUACGUCAGAGGUGAUUUGUACUUAUUGGCAUCCAUGUGGGUAAUGUAAUAAAACAUUUUAUUCUAAAUCUUUAGUUUCGGCGCUGUGUGAUAAGAUCUCUAAGCGAUAACAAGUAUUGAAUAUAUCCGGAGGCUGUGAAGACAAUCGUCCACUUAACGAGGAUCUCGGUCUCGCCGGACAGCGACCGCGGCCGGACACCACGACACGACCAAAUUCCCUCCCUUUCCCGCCGACGCCGACAUAAGCAUCGCGCAUCUACCUGCGGGCCCUUUAGGAUCAGAUGGGCCUCCCCGCACCGCACCUCAACUCAACAACAGCACCAGUCGUCUCGCGCUUCCCGUUACGUGUAGACGUUAGCGCCGUUUUAGCCGCGCUCGCGCGUAAGUUAUUACGAUUACGAUGAAACUUUUAUAGUAAACAUAAAAAUGAAGUGCAUUAACCAAGUUAUUUUAUUGGUGACGCUCGUUAUCGGAGCCAGCUCGGAAGCUUCCGUGAGGACAUGUGAACCCAUCAAAGUGGCGAUGUGCAAGAACAUCGGUUACAACCAGACCGGCAUGCCGAACUUGGCUCGGCACACGCUGCAAGUGGAAGCCGACGUCACGCUCCAGACCUACAGUCCCCUGGUGCAGUACGGCUGCUCCUCGCAACUUCAUCUGUUCCUCUGUUCUGUUUACGUUCCGAUGUGUACGGAUAAGGUCGCGUUGCCGAUCGGACCAUGUAGGGGACUGUGUGAAAGCGUCUACGCGAGAUGUUAUCCCGUUCUGAGAGGGUUCGGAUUCCCAUGGCCAUCGGAGCUUGAUUGUUCGUUGUUCCCGGCCGAAAACAACCACGAACAUAUGUGCAUGGAGGGCCCGGGGGAGCGGGUACCGCCGGCGGGCCCGAUCCCUCUGGACACAGCGGCGACGAGCGGGCGCGGCGCGUGCCGGCGGCUCGUGAAACCGAGCAGCUGGGUUUGGGUACGCGGCUCGGGGCGGUGCGCGCAGUUCUGCGACGCGGAAGUGCUGUGGGAGGCUGGCGAACGGCGUGCGGCGGAGGUGUGGCUGGCGACGUGGGCCGCGCUCAGCUUCGCGUGCACGCUGGCGGCGGUGGGCGCGCAGCUGGCGUGCGGAGCGGCAGGCGGGGCAGGCGGCGCGGGCGAACGUGCUCUGGUGCUGGUAGCGCUAUGCCGGUGCGCGGCGGCGGCGGGCUGGGGGGUGCGCGCGGCGGCCGGUCGGUCCGCCGCGGGCUGCGCCAAGGACUCCAUGUCUCCCACUCGGAUGUUGCUGGCUCACGAUGGAUUGGCAAAUCCUAACUGCGCUGUCGUAUUUCUACUCCUGUACUAUUUUGGAUUGGCUGCAUCUGUUUGGUGGGUGGUAGUAGCAGGUGCAUGGCGUGCGAGCGUGCUGCGACCCCCCGCGCCUGGCGCGCCGGGUACUGGGGGUGCUGGCGCAUCUCGUGGAGACCGGCACUCGUCGCUGCUGCAGCUGGCCGCGUGGGGGGUGCCCGCCGCGCUGGCCGCCGCCGUGCUUGUCACCAGAGAUGUCGAUGCGGAUGAACUAACUGGUACUUGCUUCGUAGGGAACCAAUCGAGCAAAUCGUUGCUGGCUCUGGUCAUCAUACCGGAAGCAAUUUGCUUGCUGCUCGGCUGCCUGUUCCUGGCCUCGGGUCUGCGUACCGUCCUCCGACGACCGGCGCCCGUGCCAGCGCCCGCAGCGCUUCUCAACGCUCCCCCACAACCACAUACAGAUCAGAGUUUACUAAGACUGGGUGCGUUCGCAGCACUAUAUGCUGUACCCUCAACGUGUAUAUUGGCAACUUGGAUAUACGAGUAUACUUGGCGUGACGAUUGGCUGGCCGCUCCCGAACCUUCAACUGAACCGUCGACGCAGCCACGGCCGGCAUUCUGGGUGUUUCUAUUUAGAAUAUUUGCAACUCAAAUUCUCGGCGUCAUGGUCGCCGUUUGGAUUGCGACGCCGCGUUUGAAAGCGCUUUGGAGGAGAAUUUCUGGUCCAACGAAGCCUACGCUAGCUAAAUGUCCGGCGGGACCUACGCCUACCCCAUUGACAUUGCAAUGUUACAGCACUCAUUCGCACUCUCUACCACGACAUACACACAAGUAUGCCACCUACAGACCACCACAGCACCAAUCUUACAGGAAACCAAGGCAUUAUCAUUAUUCAGCCGGUGAAACCAUACUAUGACUGACGGGCUAACUAAUUUACUCUAAACUGUAACUAAUUGCUGUCAAAAUGCUUCUUAUGACGUUUAUUGUAAUCUGUAUUUACUGACAUAUGGAUAAACGAGUGCCAUUGAAAAAUUAAGUCUGUUAAUAUACUUGUAUCAGUAGAUUUUUAAAGUUGCGUAAUUAAAUUGUUGAUAGGAGGCCUGAUUAUGU